AUGUGGACUCUGAAUACGGAAAAUCGCAUCCGCGGAAGCCCGGAAAGCCUGUGUUAUGCCUCUUCGGAGAGUGAGUCUUCCGAGGAAGAGAUGACUAAACGAUUAGUUCCUCUGGAAUGCCAAAAGCCACCACAGCAUGAGGGAAAUUCAAAUAGAACUCACCUGAUGUGGUUCUACAACGAGACUGCCGCACGAUGCCAGAAGUACGCCGCAGAUCUACCAUUGGGCCAAGAAAUACCGAAGCCCGCGAAAAACAGUUUUCUAACUCUGGCAGAGUGUAACAAAAAGUGCAGAGAUCCACACUAUGGAACGUGCGGUGGCCCUAAGAAUGACACCAUAUGUACUAGAAAAGGUAAGGAGCCUGAACUGGAGCGGCGCUUCUGGUUUGAUCCUGACAACAGGACGUGCAGACCUUACUAUUACGGCGGUUGCGAUCCGAACAGCAACACAUACCGCACGAAGGGCGAGUGCCUUAGUGAUUGUGCAGAGUUUAUCGAAGACCGCUGCGCCGUUCCGAUAGACGAAGGCGAAUGCUACGACAGUGAGGUUCGCUACGGCUACAACCCCAUAUAUCAAGACUGUGAACGGUUCAACUACACUGGCUGCGGAGGCAACCGCAACAACUUCAGGGUGGCGAAAGACUGCUGGUUUACGUGCGCAACAACCGAGGGUCAGCGGGAGGCCUCGUAG